UUGGAGACGCAUGUCAUAACAGCUAGGCAGGGGCAUCCUUCCAACAAAGCCACAAAUGCACAAGAGAGGAAAGUAAACCAGCCUUUUGUUUCAGAGACCUCAUGAUCCAAACAGCUACUCUAAGACUCAGUCCAAGAGUUCCAUCUGCUAAUUUCUGUUUAAAUGAAUUGACAUGGAAAAUUAACCAAGUUGAGCAUCCUAUUACUUUUUGACAAGCUUCAGAGGAUUACAUGCUGUGCAAACUCUGCAUGCUGGUGGCUCGUAACCUACAGUGGCGAUGAGUUCUCACGCUGAAACUGGGCUUUGCCUUACAGCAAGUUCUUCGGUGGAGAGAUAACUUUCAACAGACCUGAAGCACUUUUGUGCAUUGUCCAGGGGAUCCAAUUACAACUUGCUAUGGAGCAUGAUUUUUAAGAUGAAUACCUACCUUGAUGAUAACUAUAAUUCAUCAUUACCUGGAUAUUUGGACUACUCUGUACUAAGUAAUGGGAGUCUCACUGAAAACAACUCUAAUCAGUCAGCAAGCAAUCUGAAUUUACCUGCCUUGGAUAUCACUAGGGCUAUAAUUGUGGGGCUUGUCCUAGGUGCCUUCAUACUUUUUGCUAUAGUAGGUAACAUCUUGGUAAUUCUCUCUGUAGCUUGCAAUAGGCAUUUAAGAAUCCCUACGAACUACUUCAUAAUUAACCUCGCAAUAGCAGACUUGUUGCUGAGUUUUACUGUCCUUCCGUUUUCUGCUACACUAGAAAUUCUUGGCUAUUGGGCUUUAGGGAGGAUAUUCUGUGAUAUCUGGGCAGCGGUUGAUGUGAUGUGCUGUACUGCUUCUAUCUUAAGCCUGUGUGCAAUUUCUAUAGAUAGAUAUAUAGGGGUGAGUUAUUCACUUCAGUAUCCGACUUUGGUAACUAGAAGGAAAGCAAUUCUUGCCCUCCUAAGUGUCUGGGUCCUCUCCACGGUAAUCUCCAUUGGACCUCUUCUGGGGUGGAAGGAACCAGCACCCAAGGACGAUAAAGAGUGCCGCAUCACUGAAGAACCUUUCUAUGCCUUGUUUUCUUCUUUGGGGUCAUUUUACAUUCCUUUGAUUGUCAUACUGGUGAUGUACUGUAGAGUCUACAUAGUGGCCAAAAGAACAACUAAAAACCUGGAAGCUGGGGUCAUGAAAGAAAUGUGUGAUUCCAAGGAGCUGACCUUAAGGAUUCACUCCCGGAACAUUCACGAGGACACUUUCAACAGCAGCAAGAGCAAGGGGCACCACCCCAGAAACUCCAUAGCUUUCAAACUUUUUAAAUUCUCUCGAGAAAAGAAGGCAGCCAAGACCUUGGGAAUUGUAGUUGGCAUGUUUAUUUUGUGCUGGCUACCUUUCUUCAUAGCUCUGCCUCUAGGGUCUAUGUUUCCUGCUUUGAAGCCACCUGAAGCCAUCUUCAAGAUAAUUUUUUGGCUUGGCUACUUCAACAGCUGCUUGAACCCAAUCAUCUACCCCUGCUCAAGCAAAGAGUUCAAGAGGGCUUUUAUACGGAUCCUGAAGUGCCAGUGCCACCGGCGGAGGCGGCUGGGGUGGUGGGCCUACAACUACAGGAACUGGAACCAAGGCUCCUUCGAACGCUCCCGCAAAGACUCAUUAGAAGACAGCAGGAGCUUCCUAAGUGGCAGUCAGAGGACAUUAUCCUCAGCCACCCCGAGCCCCAGCUACCUGAGCAAAGUCACUCACCCUCACAUGGAAAUGUACACAUUCCAGGAGUGGAAGAGCUCCAGCUCCUUCCUGAGCCCCCUACAGGAAGGCAGCAGGCGAAAGGACUCAUGCCACCUCUUCAGCUUCAAGCUCCCAACAGAGCACAAUGGACAUAUCGCUGCUGGCAGCCAAGCCUCGAGCAAUGGGGGCUGCAAGACCAUCUGUGACACACUGAACAGCACAGCUGAUUGCAGAAUGGCUGUUGAAAUGAGCGAAUUCUAAACGCUGUUCCCUGGAUGCAGGAGGACCUGGACUCUGGGAUCAUCUGAAUACAUUAAGUUGGUUGGUGUUUAACCCAGGUGAAGACAUGAACCUGCACCCAAUCUAGUCAUGCUUGACAUGGUGCCGGGAGGGAGUUCAUCCAGGAUGGCAGUAGCAGGCAGUCCAAUGUCAGAAUAUUGGCAUAGUCCCACCACCGCAAGGAGAUCAGUGUUCCAAGUUGAUUGCCAGAGAUGCUGCUGAAAUUUGUGCACAAUGCAGGGAAGGCCCCUGUAAAGACAGUGAUGUGCACUCAGCCAAAUAUUCAGCUCUGAUGGAAAGGCUGUGGAGCAGCCAAACACACAUAGCUAUAGAAAGUAUAUAUAAGGAGAGAGAGAGAGAGUGUAUCUUCAAGAGGAAGUGUGGUUUUAUUUGUACCUCUUCAGGGUAGCACCAGCUGCUUCUGGUUUUGCCUGUAAAAACCUUACCUGUUGGUGUACUUCACUGAAUGCUAGCACUUUAGAAACCACAAACAAUGUCAAAGAUUAAAGUAAUUUCACAUGUAUACAUCACUUUUGUUUAUUAAUAUUCAAUUGGCAUUCCAGCAGAGCCUCCUUGCCCACUCUCCCAUUCGUGCAUGUGUGCGCAGACUGGGGUGGGAUCUCCCAUCAUAGCCACUGAUAUCCUUUGGGGCAGCGUUAGGAGUUGGCGCUGAGUUAAAAAUGGAAGUGAACCAACUUGGCCAAACUCCCCUAUUUUUUACCAUGUUAUUUUUUUGAAAGCUUAAAAACAGCAGCAAUGGUCAGGGCUCAGUAUUCAUGCACCAGCACAUUAGUGAUUGUCCUAUAAGCGUACAGGCAACCAAAGGGUCUGGUUUCCAAAGCAAAACCCAUAAAUCACUCCAGAUCCUUCAUAAACAGCAUUGCAGACAUAGCACAAAAGAGCACUGACCGCUGGAAGCCCAUAACCCAGCCUGAGAGCAAAUCUGCUGGAUUUCAGUAAAACCCGCUUGGUGCUUUUGGCAGUGUUUGGAGGUGACAUUGCAUUUCUAGUGACUUUUGCUUUGUCACUGAAAUCAGAAAUGAAAAAAUCAAAAGGAUGCAGUUAUAUGAGAGUCCCACUUUGCUUUGCAUCCUUCAGCUAAACAACAUGGUAAUAACUGGGGGAUCUCUGAGGACAUCUUCUAAUAUGUUUUAACCCAUGUUUGGAAGUUGUUUUCAUCUCUUUCAACUAAGUG